UCGCUCCCAGCCAGCUCCCGCUCGCUCCCUGCCCACUCCCGGGGGGACGAUCCGUGCCGCGGCCGCCGCGGCCACCGCUUCUUUCACACUUUAGUUGGGAGCUGCGCGCCGCGCUCAGUUACUGGAGAGCUGGCCGCGCGCCGCCGCCUCCUGCACGCACGCACGCGGGCCCGGCUUCGGGGUUUUCUGCUGUUACUCCAAGCGGCGGGGAGGAGGGGGAGACCCGGACACACUGUGGGGAGGAGGAGGAAGAGGAGGAGGAGGGAGGAAGAAAAAAGGCGAGGAGGCAAGGGGCGGGGGGCGGGAGGCUUGCCACCUUCAGCCCCCCCGCGAGCGCCCAAGGUGCGCACAUCUUGACCGACUCAGCAGAAGGUGGAUUUUCUUCGUGUUUAAAGAAAAAAAAAAAUGUCCCCGUGUCUGUAGAGAUGAUUUGCAGUUCAGCCCGGCUGAAGCUGACCGAAUGAGACUAUGGGCUGUGCCUCUGCCAAGCAUGUUGCCACUGUUCAAAAUGAAGAGGAAGCCCAGAAAGGGAAGAGCUACCAGAACGGAGACGCGUUUGGCGAUGAGUAUAGGAUCAAACCAGUGGAAGAGGUCAAAUACAUGAAAAAUGGGGCAGAAGAGGAGCAGAAAAUAGCAGCCAGGAACCAAGAAAACUUGGAAAAAAGUGCCAGCUCAAAUGUAAGACUUAAAACUAACAAAGAGAUUCCUGGAUUAGUUCAUCAACCCAGAGCAAACAUGCACAUCUCUGAAAGCCAACAAGAAUUCUUCAGAAUGCUGGAUGAAAAAAUUGAAAAGGGUCGAGAUUACUGUUCGGAAGAAGAAGACAUCACAUAGCACCAAUUCUGCCACUCAGACCAGGAGCUGCUACUGUGUAAAUAGGUUACACCCCAGUCAAAAUCUUUGCAAAGGUCGGUUCUCUUCAACGAACAGCGCUAUAACAAAAGAAGAUCGUUCCAUAUCGUAUGCCCCAUUAAAUUACAGUGUUUCUUAAUGAACUUGCAAAGGAAUAUUCCUAAAAACAAACAAAACAAAAAAAUAACUGUUCUCGAACUUUCUUUGUUGCUGCUAGUUAAAACUUGUUGCAACUUUUCACUUUUCUUGUGUGCAGGUAUGCAGCAAAAUUCUGCAAUUUCACCAUAAUGAUACUAUUGGUUUUACAGAUGUUCUCCAACCUAUUUUCUAUAAGAUGAGGUAGUGGUGAACUCAGAUAUCAACUUCUAUUCUAGACCGGUUCCACUUCUAAGUCAAGCAUCUCCUUCCCUCUCUCUUUCCUCCCUGUCUCUCCUGAGCGGUCCAGAGACGGACCCGAGCCUGGCUUCUCACUGGCAAUGUUGAGCUUUGGAGAUGGGAUGAUUGCUGCAGCAAGCCUUGUUUCUCUGUCUGGAAGAAGUAGAGAAGCCAUUAUCUAUUCAAAGCAUGUUGUGACCUGACUCCUACCAGUGACCUAGGAGUGGGGCGGCAGUUUGUUCCACCUAAUAGGUCUCUUAACGAUUAAGCUUGCAAUGCUGGCUUUGGUCAGAUGCAGAUGGAAGUGUGAUCACAAUCAUUUCCAAUCCCUCUUCCUCGCUUUUUUUUUUUUUCUAAGAAAUAAACAUUUUACUGUUUUUAUGUAUCCUUGUCUUCUCCCAUUCAUCCAACUCAGUGUUGUAAGAUGAUCCUGGGUGUGGAGUUGAGCCCGCCUUUGUGGUGACGCUGAUCAUGGGCCUCAAGGGCGCCCCACCCAUCCGUUAAUAAUCUACCAAGGUUUAGAAGGGCUCUAAGUGGUCAGAAGAGAGGAGGAGGCACCCCGCGACUUUUUAGGAGGGCCUAUGAAACUACCCUGUUACCUUUUAUUUUAUUAGCAAAUAAAGCAUCUUAUUUUAUAAUUCUCCCCUUCACGAUGCUACAUGAGCCUGCCACUUCCUUUUCCUCUAACUUCCGGCACUGGAUAGGACAGUGAAAAUCAUUUGCCUACUCGAAAGCAUAGGACAUUUACACUGGUGAUGAUAUUUGGAAAUGCAAAAGCCAAAAGCCCUGGCCGUGGUGGGGAAUGUUGACUGUGUGUUUGGUAGAGUUUAUUUUUCCAUACUAUAUGAAGAGACUGAUCUCUUCUCAAAGACAGAAGUAAUAUUUUUAACAAAUAUUGUCACAAGUAAAUAGCAAUCAAAAGGAGAAAAUAACUUUUGUAUUUUUUUAACGUGUUUGAUAGCUUUGAAGAGGGUUCUCUUUGUUACUUUCAGGGGAGGGCACCCUGUUAAACGCCACGCCAGCAGUCCAGGUUUCUCCAGGAGUGCACAGGGAGUGCUGUAUGUGUCUUUGGGGGUUGGGAAUUUCAAGGGCCUCCAUAUCAGCCACACUGCCACCUCCCAAAGGUGGAUAAUUAAUUAAGAAAGUGGGUAGUUAGGAUGUCCCAAGGUCAUCAAGAGAUCAUGUGCCAUGAAGCAGAAUAAGGAGUUAAAUUCGUUCUUCCUGAGAUGAACUUUGACUUUUAAAUCCAUUCCCAAAAAAAUUGGUGGCACCAUUGAUGGGCUAAUGGUGAGGUUCCCGAUCUCCUCUCAGACCUGGGCAGCAAAACCCAGGGGAAGCAAGCUCCCGUCACCUGCUAUAGAAAAUGGACUCAAAUGUUAGCAACAAAAAUCCCUGAAAUCUUGUAGCCGGCAGCAGCUAUUUUGAGGAACAGCUGUGGUUGUUACAUAAAUAGAGACACAGCCAAAAUUUAAGGCCUUUUAUCCUGCUUCAAGCAGAAAACUGCAGGGAGAGUCCAGUAGUCUCGGGUUUUAUGUUCCCACCCCUUGUAGGGUUUUUGGCCAAGUGAUGAAAAUAGUUUUCCUCAACUGUCAACGAACUGCUAAACCCCACCUCAAACUCACUCACUGGGGACUUUGUUCACUGUCAUGUGGAUGACCUUUUCCCGGAUCCAUCUUCUGUUCUUAUCAAGCAAGAAUGAAGCAAAUGUUAAACGUCUUCCAUGUGACUCCUCUGUUUGGUGUCUCAGACAGUGUCUUCCCAGACAGUCCCCACCUGCCACAGGAAGAUGAGACUCGCGCCUGUGUUUUUUGGUCUCCAGGUCACGGUUAACAUUUUGACAUGUUACACGGGUACAUGGAACCACCUGUUUCUUGGGAACCUGACUUUGGAGGGUUUCAUAAAACCAUAAGUGCUGUCCCCGUGAAGCAGAGGCUCCUCACCCGGGGCUCUGUCUCCCCUGUUUAACACUGGAUACGUCUUUGCUGUGCAAAAGUGAUUUUUAUCUUCGGACGCAUUUGGUACCCCUCAAAAUAGGUCCAAGCAAUGGGGUGAUCGAGCUGGGUUGGAACGAAAUGCUUGGUUAUGUUGGCAACACUUGCAACUUGUCUGUUUUCCAUUUGUUGGUUUUAAUCAUAAAAUUGUCAAGUGACUUGUGUUUGUACUUUAUUUUUUUAAUGCCUUCUGAGAGGAUCUAAAGCCAAAAAAAAAAAAAAUCUUGCCUUUCUUUUCCCUCUGUGUAUUCAGACUUUAAGCAGCUUGUCUCAGAUACAAGGAAAAGAAUAAUCCACGUAUGUGCUGGUACGUGCUGCUCCUCCCGUGUAGGACUCGGGGAGUUGGAAGGAGGGAGGGAGAGCAGUGACCUGGUGGAUGGAGGCGAGGACAUGAUGAGGAUCAACUGAGAGGCAUUCAGCAGAGAGGGUUCUGGGCUCUGGGCUGGAGCAACUGAGGAUGCAGCUGCCUAGGGGCCAGUAGGCGGGGCGGAGCUGCCAACAAGAUUUACAGCUGGACUUCACACGCCUUAUGGACUCCGAGUUGCAGAGUUGUAAAAGUUCAGCGGUGUGUGCAUAGCUUUCUUUUGGUUGGCGGAGAUUCAGGAUCAUGGAGUACUGUGCUCAUAAUUGAAUACGUGUUUGUUACUGGCGGACAACCCUAAAAGAGGCUUUUACCUCUGAGACGCCUCCCAGCCCCGGGCUGAAACCGUGAGUGUAGCACAGUGCUAUGGUCUAUUUAGGGACAAAGAAGCUACCGAGUCCAGAGACUGGCAAACUAGGUCAACCCUCAGAAACAGCGGGGGCCACACAGCCGCCCGCCCUGGGGCAGGUCCUCCCUGUCAGCAGCGCCUGUGAUCUGAGACUGGCCUUUGAUGACUCAAAUAAGAAACGGCCUGCCUCUCGAUCAGCCUUGGUCCUCGCACCCACCACCCUGGCACCCGCCUUAUGCUCACUGUGAGGUGAUAAAGCGCCUCUUUGUCACAGGCACGCCCAGGCACCGCCACGCCAGCAAGCCCACAGCCCCAGAAACAGUCUCAGGGGUGAUGGAGCCCGCCUCUUGGCCCCCGCUGAUGUCAUCCAGCUUUGAGUUAUGACUUUGUCCUCCUCCCAACCUCAAUGCUACCUUAUUCUGCUAAGGCAGGAAUCUCCCCUAAUUCUUCUGAAAACAGAGAUUAUACCUCUUAGGAAUUUUACUUCAGUCGCCCAUGAUGGAAGGCCACCUACCCAUGUCCUGCUUAGACACUGAGCAAGAAUUUGAAAGUGUUCCAUCUGCACUGAUCCCUAAGAAACUUGGUUAAAUAUGUUAGUUUUGUAGGAAGAAAAAUUAUCAAAUUCUUAAUCCAGGAAAACACUGACUCAGAAUCUUGGAUUCUGGGACUCUGAUAUUUUCUUUCUAAAAGGCAAAACAAUUGGUAUCUAAGGUUCUCUCCCUGUCCCUCCAGCCUCCCUCAAAAAAGAAAAAAAAAAAAAAAGAGGUAUUAGGUUGUGCUCUGUAAUUUUACAUAAAAUCUGCCCUCCACGCUUUCUCCCCUGGAAGGCACCCUCUCUCAGAGCUUUAUUUCUUUAUACCUGUUAGAAACUGAGCUUUUUGUUACAUUUCUUAAAACCCUACUAGAAAAAUCGGACAUUGUUGGUGGGUAGGGAAUAUAUAUUUAAAGGCAUAAUGGAAAAGUGGCUCAAAGGAGGAACUUGAGCUCCACAAUGUCAUGUUGGGUUACUGGACCCCCAUGUGCUGUGUAAAGCUGGCUGAGGCAACCGGCUUUCAAACUAUAAAUGUCCCUGCAAUAAACCUUUUGGAAUCUCA